UGCAUCUGACCCACCAUGACACCCACAGAAUCCACAAGCUUGGUCUCUGAUCUGUCUAAUAAUGACUUCGGCUACGACUACACGUCUUCCAUGGAUGACUAUCUGAACUUCACCCUCACAGACCUCUUCUGUAAGAAGAACCACGUCAGGCAGUUUGCGAGCCACUUCCUCCCACCCUUGUACUGGCUCGUGUUCAUCCUGGGCACCGUGGGCAACAGUCUGGUCGUCCUGGUCUACUGGUACUGCACAAGGGUGAAGACCAUGACUGACAUGUUCCUGCUGAAUCUGGCCAUCGCUGACCUCCUCUUUCUCGUCACGCUGCCCUUCUGGGCCAUCGCCGCCGCCGAACAGUGGAAGUUCCAGUCCUUCAUGUGCAAAGUGGUCAACGGCAUGUACAAGAUGAACUUCUACAGCUGUGUGCUGCUGAUCGUGUGCAUCAGCGUGGACAGGUACAUCGCCAUUGCGCAGGCCAUGCGAGCGCAGAACUGGCGGCGGAAGCGGCUCCUGUACAGCAAAAUGGUUUGCGUUAUUGUCUGGGUGAUGGCGGCCACUCUCUGCAUCCCGGAAAUCAUGUACAGUCAAGUCAAGAAUGAAACUGGCGUCACCAUCUGCACCAUGGUGUACCCUCGUGAUGAGAGCACCAAACUCAAAUCAGCAGUCUUGACCCUGAAGGUGAUCCUGGGGUUCUUCCUUCCCUUUGUGGUCAUGGCUUGCUGCUACACCAUCAUCAUUCACACUCUGAUCCAGGCCAAGAAGUCGCCCAAGCACAAGGCCCUAAAGGUGACCAUCACUGUCCUUACUGUCUUUGUCUUAUCUCAGUUCCCCUACAACUGCGUUCUGUUGGUCCAGACCAUCGACGCCUACACCAUGUUCAUCUCCAGCUGUGCCAUUUCCACCAACAUUGACAUCUUCCUCCAGGUCACUCAAACCAUCGCCUUUUUCCACAGUUGCCUGAACCCUGUUCUCUAUGUUUUUGUGGGUGAGCGAUUCCGCCGGGAUCUCGUGAAGACCCUGAAGAACCUGGGUUGCAUCAGCCAUGCUCAGUGGGUCUCCUUCACAAGGAGAGAGGGUAGCUUGAAGCUGUCCUCCGUGCUGCUGGAGACAAACUCAGGUGCUCUCUCCUGAGGGACCGUCCUAGAGGCGGACAGUCC